GGUAACAAGCAUCCAAACAAUACGCAAGUGAGAAAAAAGGGCAAGUUUAAGGGGCUACCCAUGUAUUCAGCCAAUCUUCUUUCUCAAACUUGGUAUCAAAUCAAAUAGUUCCUUUCCUACUAUAUAGAAGAGCGUAGAAGCAGCUCGCCGUCGACAUCCCUGCUUGCCGACAGAGGGUUAUUUUCGUCACUUCACAUGCAACUCUGUACUAAAUUGUGUCUGUUAGUGUCAUUUUACGCUUACUCAGCAGUCACCGCUACAUGCGUUGCUGACAAUUCCAUUCCCCUGUGGAUUUUGCACUACUUUGUAUUCAUAGCUUAAUCAAUCUGUGAAAGCUUUCUGGGAGGAGAAAUUGGGUUUCGGUUGUGGUUCCUCGCCGCUCUAGCCUCUUUUCAUCAAAGUAAACGAAUUGCAAAGUUUACUUCAUAUCUGUAAUGCGAAGCUUCAUCUCCGGUCUUGAUUUGGCAGGCGUUUAUUUAGACAAUAAUCAUUAUUUGAUUUAAAAUUAAAAUUAGUCAUUCUGCUUUCAGAUUUUGUUCUUCUUUUUUUGGGGGUUCCCAGCUCAUUAGUUUUUAUUUUUUUGAGACUCAUCUCAUGGACUGAAACAUUUGCACUCCACCGCAGUGCCAUCUCUAUUUUACCAUAAUUUUGCUCUGCUUCACCCUCUUCACUUUCUUCAAUGUUCAUCUGUCUUGUCCUUCUUUAUCAUUUAACCCUUGUUAUUUUACUAUGAUUUUUAUUUUCGUAAAUUAAAUAUGAAUUUUUGGAAUAUAAAAUGGUACUUUUAACAUAAAAUUUGAGUUUUUUCCUAAGUUUUCCGCAGUUCAAAGAUAGUCACAUGGUUGAAAGGUUAGUUUUACUGUUCUAUUUCUUCUCCUUCAUAUUGGUGACUGAUUAUUUUGUUUCAGGAUUCUUGUUAGGAGAGGGAAACAAAAUUCGAUGAGCUUAUGUUCGGAGUUGAUGUAAAGAAGAAAUAAAAUUAGAUACUUUGCGAAUAGAAUUGCUUGAUUGUUCCCUAAGCAUGUUGAGUUUUAAACAGGGUUUACAAGCUAUCUAAAAAGAAAAAGAAGGCAAUUCCUACUCCUAAUUAAAGAGAUUCUAAACCCUUCCCAUAUUUAAGAAUUGUUUUUCUUUUCCAUAUUAACAAUUUACUAAUUCUUAAUGCUCCGUCUUUUGUUGGAGUGUACAUGUCAUAGGCUCCUUAUAUGCCGCAAGAUAUACUCAAUUUUGGAGCCAUAGAGUGACUUUGUAAGAAUAUCUUCUAAAUACUGGGGAAUGAGUUAACUGAGUUUUGGUUUCAAGUAUCUGGUGAUUAGAUGUUGAAUGUAUUAAAAUGGUUUCCUAUCCAUCUACAAAGGAUUAGUAUUUAGUUGUUCUAUGCUUGAAUGAUAAUAAGUUGAAUCUAUUGUGCAAGGAGAUUAACAAAGAAUUUUGUGGUUUCAUGGAUCAAUUCAAGUGUCAUCAGUAUCAACAGUUUCUCAAAGACGAUGGCCUCCUGGGACUUCAAGAUGAUCAAAAUGUUAAAGACUUUGGUGGAAGGUCCAUUGUUAAUCUGGUGGAAUAUCCAGUUUGUCAAGUUCUUAAAUCUCUGUCCUUUUAUUAUUUCCUUUUCUCCCCUUUCCUAUAUCUCUAUAGGUGUCUCAAUUAGCUUUUCUUUAUUUGACAUGCUCUUUUGUUUUUUCAUGAUCUUAUCUCCAAUAAUCGCUUGGUCAUACUUCAACUUCAUCUCCGGUUUGUUUGCACAGGAAAAAAAUGUCUUGAGUCCAUACUUUUGGCAAAUGCUUAGAGAAAUCAUCAAAGUCAAGCAGGAUGUCAUAAGGUACUAUUUCAUCCUUUAGCUUUACUAUCGAUUAAUAAAUCCCUUUGUUGUUGAUGUUUCAUCAUUAUAGCACAGAGUAUUCUUUGGUUGUAAAGGACUAAAUCAUUGUGUUUUGCACAUGUUAUGUAUUUGUGUCAAAAAAGAGCCGUCUUUAAUGUAGUUUAUAUUUCCGACUCCAUUGCAGUUGCCUUGAGGCACUUGAUAACAAUCCUGACAUUGAUCGGAAUGAAAUAUUAGGACAUUUUAUUUAGUCACAUGGCUACUUCAAUUUGGUUCUGCCACUCGAAAAGAACGUGGAAUGGAAUUGGUCUGAUGAAAAUAUCUUGUUACGACUAUAAGGUACCAACUUGGCAAGUUUUCUUUAGAUACCAUCGAAACAGAACAAAUGUUAAUACUGUGGUUAUUCUGGUGUUUUGCAGUAUUUAUAGAUCUCCUAUUCUUCUUUUUUGCUUUAUGCACUACAAAUAUUCUUUUAUGCUUUUGUAAGAAAUAGUUACACUUGGAAUGCAUUAAGAAUGCUUUCAUUAGUGAAGGCUUAUGACUAAUCAAUGAAAAAUAAAUAAUUCUUCCUUUCGAAUACUGAAUAUCGCAUUGCUAUAAGAUCUGUUCUACAGAGUGACUUUGCUGAAGGUGUCCGAGCAGUCUUAGUGGACAAGGAUCAGGUUUUUUUCUUGCGUUGCAAGCCCGUGAUACUAUAAUUUCAUAAAUGUUGGGUUUGUGGUUUCUUAGUGCAUUUUUUGGUAAGGAAUUUUGACUGAGCUUAGUUGAGGUGUGGUUUCAUUUUCUUAAAGAUUGAAUAAAUUUCCUGGUUUAUAUAUUCUUUUUUUCGCAAUACAGCUUCAUUUGUCCCGUUAGACCCACCAUGUUGUAUUGUCGAUUGAGUCGACUUACAACUUGCAGGAAACUAAAACCUUUGAUGAUUUUGUUUCCAGAGUCCAAAAUGGAAUCCGUCUUGCUUGGAGGAAGAAGUUGGAGAAUUGAAUGUCUGACCGUGCCUGGAUAUCCUACACUUUUUCAGUAGUUAUUAUUAAUAAAAUACUUAUCUUUUGAUCAAUGAGAAUACAUUUUUAUGUGUGUAAUCCCAAAUGACGCCUCUUCAGAUGUUGGCAUUAUCUCUAAAAUGUGAUUUAUGAGGAAAUAAAGUGCAAUUGGUGAAAAGAGCAAAUGAAGGAGCGUUUUGUAAUUUAUUCUUCACUUAAUUUCUCUCAUUAUUAACACCCUGUUUAGAUUUCCUUUUUCAGUGCAAAAUUGGAAAGUUGAAGAAAAUGAGUGGAGAUCAACACAUGGAUAUGCAUUACAUGAGCAAUAUGGGGUUUAUUCCGUGACCAUAACAUAAAAUACAUGUACUUCAACUGAAUAUUGUACUUUUUGUACUGUGAAAUAGUAUUUGUCAAAGUGAAACAUACUAUAAUUGGAAGUGUUUGUUCUGCCGCUCGAAAAGAGUAACGAGCUUUUCUGCUUAUUCCAUUCUUUCAUUUUAUCCCAGCCAUCUCUCAACCCAUUAGCAAGUAUACACUGCUAUACUUUCAGCAGAGAAGAUACCAACUCCAUUCAUAUGCUGACAUGUUUUUUCAUUGCUUAGGAAAUACUAUCUCAUGUGGCAAAAAGCAUAAAGAUGUUAGUUUUAUUUCUGCAAUGAUAAAAUGCAGAAAUUCUUAUGUCUUGCAAGUGUUCUUGCUUGAGCAAUGUUAACUAAUCUUACAAGUGAUUUUUAUCUUCAUCACAAAGCAAUACUUUUUAAGCAAGAGUUACCAUAUCACUAUUUACGCUAUCAAACAGUAUUUAUCGAAAUAAAACACGCUCUAAUUAAAAACCCCGGGCCAAUCCCAUCUAGUAAUAACAUAAAGACAAAGAAAACUCAAGUUUUUACCACUAAUUAAAAAAGAAAUUUAAUUACUCCAAGUCAAUUUAGUUUACCAAAAGAGGAAAGUGUGUGUCGUGUUCUAUUUUGCCUAAAAAUAGCAAGUCAGCCGUUCUCUUCAAAACUUCAACUCCCACCGCCUUUCCAGAUCUCUGUGUCUCUUUGUCUUUUCAACUAAAAUCUUCAUUACUACUUCUUGCUUCUCUCAUUCAAUUCAAUGGCUUCUAAGUUCAAUCCUCUCCGAUAUGACCUUCCUCCAAAUACCCGCGCUUGCUUAUUCCAGGACCCUAAACAACUCUCUUCUCCUCCCAAAACUCCCAUUCAAGAUCCAAAACUAAUUAUCAAUGGGGGGUCCACACUCUCUGGCCAUGUCAGCAUUAGUGGGUCCAAGAACUCAGCUUUACCUAUUCUUGCAGCUACCCUUUGCUGCUCUGGAUCUUCAAACCUUAAAAAUGUACCCUGUUUAUCAGAUACUAGAACUAUGGCUUCAAUCUUGGAGUCUCUCGGUGCUCAACUUAUGACUUUUAAUGGAGAAAUAGUGGUUAAUACUGAUGGACUUCUGUCUGUAGAGCCUGAUUCGGCUGAAAUUCGGAAACUUAGAGGUGGCUUUUUUGUGUUAGGGCCAUUAUUGGCUCGAUUUGGUGAGGCUACUGUUGGGUUACCUGGUGGGUGUGACAUUGGAACUCGGCCUAUUGAUCUUUAUAUUCAUGGUCUCCAAGCUCUUGGUGCUACAGUUGAGUUGAGGGAUGGAAAAGUGCAAGCACAUGUAUCAAAUGGUAAAGGUUUGACUGGUGCAAGCUUUGGACUUGACUGCCCCAGCGUAGGAGCAACAGAAACUCUUAUGAUGGCAGCAUGUUUGGCUGAGGGAAAUACUGUAAUCUCAAAUGCAGCACAAGAACCAGAGAUCAUUGACCUUGCUGGCUUCUUGACAAAUUGUGGGGCAGCUGUGGAAGGAGCAGGAACAGACACACUGUAUAUUAGUGGAAGGAGAAGGCUGUAUGGUUCUGAGUAUAGUAUAAUGCCCGACAGGAUUGAAGCCGGAACUUAUAUGUUAGCUGCUGCUAUUACUCGAUCACAUAUCUCAAUGUCGCCUGUCAUUUACAGCAAUUUGACUUCUUUAUUAGACAAGCUUUCACGUGCUGGUUGUAAAAUAUUACAUCUUAGUGAUGACACUUUGGAGCUUUCAGCAGUACCUGGGGCAACUGGAGACAAUUUGCAAGGGUUCAGUAUCAAGACGCGUCCAUUUCCUGGAUUUCCGACAGAUCUCCAGCCUCUGACAAUGGCAUUGCUUUCGACAUGCAAAGGCAUAAGCGUUAUUGAGGAAACUGUCUUUGAAAAUCGUAUGAGCCAUGUAACAGAGCUGCAGAAAUUUGGAGCUAAAAUUCAGGUUUGUGGAAGCACAGCAUUAGUUUUUGGGAAGGGAAAUGCAAGUCCACUAUGUGGUUCUCAAGUUAUUGCAACUGAUUUGCGUGGGGGGAUGUCAUUGGUUUUGGCGGGUCUAGCUGCUGAAGGAUGUACUGAAAUCAGUGGAAUCUCCCAUGUAGAUAGGGGCUAUGAAAGUUUGGAGAUGAAACUUCAGGGUCUAGGUGCCAAUGUCACAAGGAUGACUUCCAGUAGCGGUCCUAGCCAGAAUUUUGGUAUCAGCUUCGCAAGUUUGUAGUUUAUCUUUGAUUGAUCAUAAGACUCCAAUAAAGCUCAUUUGACCAGUUGUUCACUAACCUACUUAAUGUACCGUUUGUUUGACCACAUAGAUUGAUUAGGGGAGGCUCUUUUCUUUUGAGUUCUUUUUCGAAUUUUUGAACUUGAACUUGAAAGGAUUUAGGAUAGAUGUCAUGACUCAUGACUAUCAGUUUUGGCAAGAAGUAGUAUAUCAGAAGAAAUGCAAGUUGAUUUUCUA